UUGAAUCUGAGGAGUACUUUGGUCAAGAAGCUUCUGAACACAUUCAAAGUGUUUUUUGAGUUCAAAUCUCUUCAACUUUGGAUCUACUUUUUGAUAAUGGACAGACAUUCUUCUUACACCGGGAGUCCACUUUUCAAUGUGGACAUCCGUAUUGAUGAGCAGGAACCUCGUGGAGGAAUCCUGGACCUCCUCAGCAGACUCCGUCCUCACUGGAAGGCAGAGGACGUUCAGAUGAAGACCUUCACAGAGGGCAUCACCAACCAGCUGAUCGGCUGCUUCGUGGGCUCUCUGCAGGAGCCGGGUUGUGUUCUGGUGCGCCUGUACGGCAGGAUGACGGAGCUCUAUGUGAACCGGGAUCGGGAGGUGGAAAUGUUCCAGGUGCUGCACGCCCACGGAUGCGGUCCACAGAUCUACUGCAGCUUCCAGAACGGCAUCUGUUACGAGUUUGUGAGAGGAAAGGUCCUGGACGACGAGCUGCUCCGACAGCCCUCCAUCUACAGAUUGAUCGCAGCAGAGAUGGGGAGAAUCCACUCCAUCCAGCCAAAGUGUGGUCGGCCUGUUGAACCUCUGCUCUGGACCAAAAUGUCUCACUUUCUCACACUGGUGCAGAGCAGUCUGAACGGCAGCCCGGCUGAGCAGCCCGGAUCCACAAGUCCUGCGGCGGAGCGAGAGGUCCCCAGCUUUGAGACUCUGUCGGCCGAGAUGGAGUCCCUGAAGAGACACCUCUCCCAGAUCGACUCGCCCACUGUCCUCUGUCACAACGACCUCCUGACCAAAAACAUCAUCUACAACCACAAAGAGGGAACAGUGAAAUUCAUUGACUACGAGUACGCCGAUUACAACUACCAGGCCUUCGAUAUUGGCAAUCACUUCAAUGAAUUUGCUGGUGUGAACGAUGUGAACUACAGCCUGUACCCGAGCCGGGAGCUGCAAACCGACUGGCUGACGGCGUAUCUGGAGAGUUACAAGCACAGCUCAGGACAUGAGGUCACUGUUACAGAGGCAGAAGUUACACAGCUCUACAUUCAAGUCUGCAAAUUCUCACUGGCUUCCAACUUCUUCUGGGGUCUCUGGGCCAUCCUGCAAUCACGCUUCUCCUCGAUUGACUUUGACUUCCAAAGAUACGCCAUGGCCCGACUCAACUACUACUUUGAGAAGAAGGAGGAAUUCUUUGGACUGACUAUGAGCUAGAAACAAAGGUUAACGAACCCAAGUCGUGUGAAUCAGAUGAGGAUCACCCCGCUGUGUGAGUCCAAGGAGAGUUUUCUUUGAUGAGAGCCGUCCUCUUUUGUCAAACAAUCCAACUCCACAGUCAAAACGAAGGCAAAGAAUGAGCUUCUAAAUGUGCUCCCCAUUGUUUGUUUCUUCAGGCUGCAGUGUGACUUCAUGUGUUUUGCUAUCACUGUGAUUUUUUAAAUAUUUGUUUUACCACAGCCAGUACGCCGAUAAGCCUAUUUGGCACAUUGAGACGAAGCUCAUGCCAGCAACGCAUUAAUUGUUCCCACAUUCAGCAGAGUCGCAUGAAGCCGCAAAAACGGAGCCUGAUCAUAAAAGCCAUAAGAUGGUUAUUUGCAUGCUUAUUCAGUGUGCACCACAGAUCUGAUGGAAAACAAGUUUCCACUUCUACUUAUUGACUUAAACAUGCAGAGCGUUAUUUUAAGCCUUUCUCUGUCCUGAGGAAUAAAGUUGUGAAGCUGCU